UUCUAUUCUAUUCUAUUAUAUUCUAUUCUAUUCUAUUCUAACCUGUGGCCUGGUGUAGCGCUGUAUCCGCGGUGAAGUCCAAAUGCUUUGCGAAUCGGUUCGUAUGAAUCCUUAAAAAGAACCGGUUCAAAAGAACGACUCGCUUGCGAAUCGGACAUGACCACUCGUAAGAUCCCUGUUUUUAUACAGUCUAUGGUAAGAUCCCUGGCGCGCGGUGUCUGUCUGAAGUACCAGACCGAGUCCGUCGGCCCAAACCGUGCAGUAAAGCCUUGACACCGCGUUUCUCUCCCGUGCACCGGCUCUCUCACACAACCCCGUGCAAACCGUGUCUGAGAUGAGCAGCACACGGGCUUUAUACGCGACAGAAGAGUGUGCUGUCUACAAGCUGGAUCUGUGAGCGUGCAGUCAGGCAGAUGCUCCUGAUCUGUCACUGUCACUACUUCAGCACUAAGGCGCUGUCCACAAGCACCCAACCGAUGAAUGGACAUUCACUGAUCCAUAAACCUGCUGUCGUGUUAACAAUACAUGCUGUAUAGACGCUUUCAGAUGCAGUACGCUUUUUGUUUUUGUCUCUGUAGACUGAACCUGUCCACACAUAAAACAUUCUCCAAGAAAUCUCGAGGCUGGGCUGUUUUAUUGACGUUCAUACGGAGACAUGAGGAAGUGCAGCCCAUGGAUGUUUCUGCCUGUAAUGUUUUCUUUCUUCACAGCUGCUGGUCUCUGGGUUGUGUAUUUCAUUGCUGUGGAGGGUGAGAAAAUCACCCCACUCAGUGCAGAGUACAACAGGUCAGAAUCAAAAUCUCCUCCAUAUAUCAGCAUUGCAGGCAAUGCUCCACCUGCCAGCUGUGUGUUCAGUCAAGUCAUGAACAUGGCAGCCUUUGUAGGCUUCAUUCUGGGAGUGCUGCGAUAUCUGCAGCUGAAGCCGAGAGUACAUAAACCCUGGCUGAACAUCGGCAGUCUGGUGGCUUUGUCUCUUGCCUGCUUUGGUAUGACUUUAGUUGGGAAUUUCCAGCUGUCCAACGAUGAGGAGUUGCACAACAUCGGUACGUCCAUGACCUUUGGUCUAGGAACACUGUUCUGCUGGGUCCAGUCUUUCAUGACCCUAAAGGUCAACCUGAGGAAUGAAGGCAGGCGAGCAGGAAUCCCUCGCUUCCUGUUGUCCGGAGCUGUAACUUCCUGCAUGUUGCUUUACUUCGCUCUGAUGGCUCAGCGGCUGCACAUGCACGCGGCCCGCGCUCAGUGGGCGCUGGUCAUGUUCUUCCUGACGUACCUGGCCACGUUCGCCAUUGAGUUCCGGCACUACCAUUUCAAGAUCGUCUGCAGCGACGAGCAGGACCCUCCACUCAGCCUCUCUGAGGUCUCCGAGUACCAGUCUGACCAGCUCUAGUCUCACUCUUCACAGCUGUGGACCCUCGUACAUCUUCCAGUGUGCGCCAGUGACCAGCCCUGCACGUCAGCUGAAUGUGAUCUCUCUAGGAAGACCUUCGGACGAGUACGUCUACUGAACGUGUCUAUACUCUUUUGCAAAAGCAACAAAUUCAUGAAAUGCACAAGGAUUCACUGUGACGUGUUUCAUGUUUGUGUGUCAGAUGAGCGAAGCACAAGGACACUUCCAAGGAGAACAUCUGAAUACAGGAACAGUUUUUAGC